AUGGCGUCGAUGUUUAGUGAAAUCAAUUGGAGCUCGGACGAAUAUAACGAAUUUGACGAGUUAGACAGUGCAGAAUUGGAUGAGAACCAACAAGUUGCUGACCUUGGGAUAUCGCCGUACCAGUAUGAGCCAGAGACAGAUGAAAGUGGAGAGGAAUCUGCUGACGAGUCGGAAAUGGAUCAGGAUGAGCAUGACGAGCCCCCGUUAGAAUUGGAUAAUUGGUGCUCCUGUGGCAAAUGCCAGAUUCUGCCUUCGAGGACAGAGUGUGUAUGCUGUAGAGAGGCUAUACGGGUAAAGGAUAUGGUUGACGUUGGUUGUGUCACAGAUCGUACAGACUUCGAUGCUAUUUGCCUGCACACUGGCGUGUUGAAUGUUGCUUGGUUGGCAUACAAACAACAGUAUGGACGUAACGCCUAUGAAGGAUCUGAACACAAGAAGUUGCGACAUAUAGCAUAUCGGCAGUUUGUGCGAUGGUCUCACGGAUAUCUCGGCAAGGACAUUAGAGUUGUAGUGCCAGCAUGUGUAGUGUGCAAGAUACGUGCUUUCUAUCCACCACCUGGUAUCGAGGAGAACAUGAACUUCGAGGGUUUUCAUCAUGUUGAUGAGUGAUGUUAGUCCGAUCGUCAUCGCGGUGGA